AUUCUAUGGCACACUGCCCCACCUGCCACGGAGGUUACUGUGACUUUGUCAAUCGAGACACGUGUCACAUGUGUAAAUUUGACUUACAUGAGGGACAAUUACCUCAUGUUCAUUGUUUGAAGGAAAAUGAACAUUGCAACGUUAACCACAACACGCUCUGCUGCAGUGACGAGUCCUGCAUAGCACGUGCAUUUGGAUCUUUUUAUCCCAGUGCUUCAUCUAUACGUCCUACUACAAGCAAAGAAAUCCACAUUACUGAUCCCAGUGUUCAUUGCCCCCAUUGUCAUGGAGGAUUCUGUGACUUUGUGAAUCGUGACACGUGUCACAUGUGUAAAUUCCACCUACAUACCGGACAGUUUCCAGAUGUCCAUUGUUUGAAGGGAAAUGAACAUUGCCAUGAAAACCAUGACACCCUUUGUUGCAAAGAAGAAUCGUGUAUAGCCAAUGCUUUCGGAACAUAUUAUCCAAGGACUCCAUCGACCUACCCCACCACAGCUUCAAACAAAACAACCUCCACACACCAUGUUAUGAACCAGCAGAGAAGGUAUGUAUCCUGUCCAAUAUGCAGUCACGGCGUCUGUGAUCCUUCUAGAAGUUACACCUUCUGUACAGGAUGUGUUUAUCAUGAGGAUCAUAAAACCACAACAUGUAUAAAGCACGGGCAUGAACAAGAAUGUAAAGACAGGGAUAAACAGAUUUGCUGCCUCACUGACGAGUGUAUAACAAAAUGGUUUGGAGUUGUAGUGAAUACUAUCGACCAAGGAAGCAGUUCACUACAAAACUUUAUUUUUUGUCCAAGUUGUGAUCACAAUGGUAAAUGCCACUUCUCGCUCUGCGAUAAAUGUGAAUACCACACUGACCACAGUCCUCCACAUCUUAGAUGUUUACAGCAG